GACGGAAGUAAAGAAAGAGAGAGGAUGGGGAGAGAGAAUUGUAAGAGAGUGACGGAAAUGAAAGAUGGUUGUUGCCUGCUGUUCAAGUUCCGGUUGAUAAGAAAGAAAUGGAGAUGGGGAGAGUGAAUCGCAGCAAGAGAAAAUUAAAGUCGAAUUUUGAGGAUUUCUUUGAAACUACCUAACAAUAAUCAAUGCAAUGGCUAAUCGCAAAUCUCUCGUGCGAAGAAAAGAACAUUGACCUUGUCAAUUUGACUCGAUUUUUAGAAUUCUAGUCUUGACCCGUUUCGCAAGCCAUGGUUAAUCACCCUUCACUCAAUACAUUCGGCAUUUUAUGGCAAUUUAUAAUAGCAUCAAAUGAUGUUCCUGUGAAUGCCAGCCUGCAGGGUGUUUGAUUGAGUGCCCCUUUCACAAAAUCCUGCUAGAUAUUUUUAUUCAAUUAUGAUUCACAGAGGGCAUCAGCUGGAGAGAAUUACAAAGAAGGAUUAUGCAUUUACCAUAUAAAGCAUUAAAGGAGAACCAUUGAACAAUGGAGGAUAACUCGGGAGCCCCAGGAAAAAACCAUGGAACCACCACUCGCCGGCGCUAUCUAGCCAGAGAAUUCGGUUCCAGGUUCAGGUCACCCAUUGAUCUAUCUGCCAGGCGUAGCCUUUCCCCAAAUCUCAUGCAGGCCGAAGUGGUUUCAGUGGGUGAAAAAACAUCACCCGGGGCUUUGUCAAAUCAUGUGUUGAAGCAACCAGCAAAUGCCAUCCAGAAUCAGACCGAACCACUAAGAAAACCCUCAUCUGAAAAGAAGAGAGUUUCUCACGAAGGAAACAGUUUUGCAGAUCAAACAGAGAAUUCUAGACCUUCAGAUGCUUUUUCUGUGAAUUAUAGGAUGACGGAUCUUCAUAGACGGUCAAGCACGUCAGAAGGUAAACCUUCCUCAGAAUCAAUGGAAAAAGGUAUUCAUAUGAGAAAAGAGGAAAAAGUAAACACGUUGAUACAUCACACUCUUUCAGGAUCAGAAGCACUUUCUUACAAAGACUGUCUUUGGAUGCAGCUAAUGGACCAGCCCAAGAUGAAUCUUCAAGACCACUACCGUUUGUAAGAAAUGAGAAACAAGACUUUGGGUUUCGUUCAGUUGAUGAUAACUCACUGAAAAUAAGUAAUGGAUCACCAACUGGAGGAAAUGCGCAAUCUUUGUCAAUGACAUCGAAUACCAGAUCAUUGAGUAGUCUACACUCUGAGCUUUUGGACAGGUGGCCAGGUAGAAUAUGUGGGAAAGCAAGUUCUGAUUCUUCAAAUAGAGGUAAAACUGAUGAGCUUUCCAGACCACUACAGAAAUUUUCUACAGAAGGUGUGAGAUUUCAUUCAGAGAGUUAUAGUUCAACAGACAGUUCAAAUUUUCGGGUGUUAAAUCAGAGUAGAUGGCAAAGAACAAUGAUAGGAACUACAACAGGAGAGAAAGUAAGGUUCGGUUCUUUUUCAAUAGAUUCACAACCAUCACAAAGAGAAAAAACAUUAACUGUAAAUCCUGGUUCUCUAUCUCGCCAUACCUCACCAAUCAGAACACCUACAUUGCCUCCCUCGUCAUUGCCUGUAAGAGUUAAUCCAUCUGACAUGAAGGCUAUAACAAGUGGGGCAUCGAUUUUUUUAGCUCCAUCACGAGCACUGUCUUUGGAUGGAGCUACUAAACCACUCCAAAGCUCAUCUGGUGACAUGCUAUCACUAAUACUAUCAAAUGAACGUUCAGAAGGAGACUCAGGGAUUCAUUUGGUUGGUAGUAGUUCGGUGGAACUUGAAAACAAAAGAAAACUAUCACUUGAUGAUAAUUCUUUGUCCAUACCUAGGGAAAGAGCAAAGUUGGUGAAUCGUGGCACUAGAUCUCGUCCUACCUCGCCAAAUAAAGCAUCUGCUAUGUCAUUCUAUGUAUCUAAAGAAAUCUCGUCUCAAACAAAGGCUCUACCAAGUGCUCCAUCAAGAGGAGCUAGUCCUUCUAAGGUUAGGCCAUCUAGCCCAUCGAGACUUCCCAAUCCAGCCUUCAAUUUUGUUGUGAAUAUAAGGGAAAAAGAUGAAAAUCAUCAAACAGAAGAUGCUCAUCGACUUGGACUAUUACAGAAUAGAUAUUUGCAAUGGCAAUAUGCUAAUGCGAAAGCAGAUGCUGCAAUACUUGCAGAGAAUGUUAAUACACAGGAAAAGGUAUAUAAUGUAUGGAAAGCUGCUUCAAAUUUGUGGCAAACAAUCAUUCAGAUGAGAAUUGAGCUUCAACAGCUGAGGUUAGAGUUGAAGUUAUGGUCAAUUUUGAAUAAACAGAUGUCCUACCUCGAAAAAUGGGCUACAAUUGAAAGGAACCAUAUACGUUCAGUUCUGCAAGCUAGCCAAGAUAUGAAAGCAUGCGUUCUGCUUCUUCCCAUGACAUUAGGGGCAAAGGGUGAUGUUCAAGCUGUAAAGUCAACUAUUUGCUCAGCUUUUGUUAUCAUGCAGCAUGUGGAAUCAUCAAUAUAUUUAAUGCUCUCGCAACUGGAGGGAACAAGCUCUCUGGUUUCAGAACUUGCUGGCAUUGUGGCACAAGAGAGAGCCAUGCUUGAUGAAUUUGAAUUAUUAAUGGCUCCAACAGCAAAAAUGCAGGUAGAGGAAUACAACCUUAGGACCUAUCUUAUGCAGUUGGGCAAAAGUUUGCAGAAGUGGUGAACUGUUGAGAUUUGAUCUUUAUGUAAAAGCCCCACAAAGAUUGCAAGAAGUGUACAUGGGGAUACACAAGUAUAGUUCAUGGUUUGCCUUUGGCUUUUUUGUCCUCUAACUUACCCUUAUUUUCAUUUGAACCUCUAGUUAUAGAAACUAGUUAUAGAAAUACCCAAAUGUUGCCCCUAGACAGAGACCAUCAAGAGUUGAGGAACAAAUAGUAAAAAUAGUUUCACCUUAUUCUUCUUCCCUUCUUUUUCUUGCUGGUUUUUUGCAUAAGAUCAAUGUGAAUGAAUAAAAAGGGUUUAUAAAUUACCGGAAAGCACUCUCACAUGGGUUGAAUUUGGAAUGAGAUCUCCAUGGAAGGAGUGAUGACAGAGUGUGAGGGUAUUUGACCUGAAAUACAAAAUAUUUUUGAAGCAACAGAUUUCUUAGGACUGGGCAAAUCAUUUGCUUCUUUUUUACAAGUUCAAUUCGGUUUGGUUUAGAGCAGGGUGGAGAACUGGAGAUGUACAAACAGAAUACAAGUCAAGUUCGUUUGGUUUAAUGAUGGUUCUGUUUUGUCUUCCGAGUUCUUAGAUUAUUAAUAAUGUUUUGAAGUCUGGUUUGAUCCAUUUUGUUUUAACAUGUUUCAGUUCAGUUUGGUUUAGUUGUUUUGGGGCUGAUAGCAAGUCUCUUAUUCACUGGUUGUGUGAGCAAGAUGAUGGGCUACGAGUGCUAAAAUUUCGUUUCAUUUUUCUUGGGCAAAGCUUAAUAUUUAUAAACAGUGCAACCAGGGGCGGAUCUAGAAAUGCGGAGUGGGGUGGGCUAAGUAGUAAAAAAUGGCUACUGCGCACAAAAGGUUUAGCUUAAGGCUGUUAUCAAACCGACCUUUUUUGAAGUAUUCGAGUUCGCGCGUGAUUUCGAAUUUAAUUUAACAACCCGAGCUCAACGAGCUCGAGCGUAGUGAUAUUCAGUUCGGUUCGAACUCGAGCCUAUCGAUAACUCACAAAUUAUAGGAAUAAAAUUUAUAGUCCCUCCGUCCCAAAAAGGUUCGUCAACUUUGACUUUCACGUGGAUUAAUAAAGUAAAAAUUGUGUGGUUGAAAUUUGUGCAGAGGAGAGAGAAUUAACUUUAGCCACAUAUUCCUUACUUUAAAUGGAAAUGACAAAUUUUUUUGGGACAUCCAAAAAAGGAAAUUUGGCAAACCUUUUCGGGAUGAAGGGAGUAUAUCUUAAUAUUUAAAUGUUUUAGUGCAAUUUUAUAAUUUUUUUAAUGAUUAUUAAAGAUCCUGGUAUUUUUUGGUAUGAAUUAAAGUACUUCUAUAAAGGUAUAAAACUAAUAAGUAAAAACAAUCGGUGUCAUGUAAUUAAUAAGUAUUCCUAUAGACGUCCAUCACCACAUCGUACUUUUACGCAACGUAGUUGGGAUUGAACAGUCAUUCUCGGGCAAGGACCUAAAGGAACUGCAUGUCCUUCUUCCCCCGCCAUUCGUCUACAGCCUCCGGGGCGCGAAUAAUCUCUCCAGACGACGCCCGGGGAUGUUAAUGGUGCAUAUGGAUUCUAUCAAGGCCGGGUUGUGCUCCCCCCUCCACCCGUUCUAACUUGAUUUCUUCCGUUGCUUCGAAGUUGUUGCGACCCAAUUCAUGCCGAACUUGUACCGGUUCAUUUCUGUGUUUAUCAUCCGCUGCACGACGAAUGUGGUGACCCCGAGCAUGGACCUCUUCCACUACUUCUUCCAGGUUACCCCCCAAAAUGCCGAUGGGUUCCUGAGUGUGACCGCUCGUCCCUGUCAAAAACUAUUUGAGGGUGCUCCGACCUCCAUUCAUGAUUGGAAGAAUCACUUCUUCUUCCUACGUUACUCGGAUGACCGGCUUCCUGUGAGGUGGAAUGGAUUCCCCCAAGAUCGGACAACCGGAGCUGAUUGAUGGACUGGACGAGGCUGUCAAGAAGUUGAAGACGGGCGGAACCAAGCCCUUGAAGGAUUUUUUUUACUGUCAAGGCGCUUUCUGAUGCAGGAUAGGUACCGCCCGUGUUCACUGGACUAAACACUCGCUUAUGGUUAUCUGGUGGACCCGGGCGGUCCUGCUCCUGAGGUAAGCGCCCCUUGGAUUUGCACCGCCCGGUUCUAACACUCUUGUUUCUUGUUUCAAGAUCCCCCCUACCGACGAGCAAAUGGAACAAGAACAGCUCAUCGCCCGUCGUGAAGCCAAGGCUGCCAAGCGCCAGGCGGCCCUUGAAAGAGCCCAAGCUGCCUACGCCUCUGAGGCUAAUUCUUCGGCGGCUUCCCAGGCUGAGAAACGCACCGGGGAAGCCGAACAACAGCUAAUCGAGGUUGUAAUGGGGAAAAGCACGAAGGCCCCACACACUGAAACCGGCCCGAUCAUUGAUGCGGAGCUGGUGGGUCUCGCCCCUCCUGCUGGUAGGGAAAAGCCAAGGAGAAGAGAGCGAAGAGGUCCCGCCCUGAGCCUUCUGGUCCUAAGGCCGAUGACACGGUGCUGCCCCCCUUGGGUCAUCCGGUCUCUCAAGUUUGGAGAGAUUACUCUUCAGACUGGGGUGCAACUUCCACCCCGCACUUCGGUUGAGGCUGUCAACCAUGCAUUGUCACUGACCCUCCAGACUGGGUUGAGCCUGCUGUAGGCGGAGGCGGCUCGGGAGCAGGAUGUUCUCGAGACCAAAAGGAUAGCUGAUGAGGCUCUGAGGUUGACCCGUGAAGCAGCACUGGCAAAAAGAGGAGGCCGCACAGGCGGAGAAGAAGAGACUCCAUGCUGCCCUGGAUCUAGCUGAGAAGGAGAAAGAGGAUCUCCUUGCCAAGCUAGCCAUGGUGUAGAAGCAUGGCUUUGCUUUGGUUCCUAGCUGCGCUCCGGCCUCUAAGGGCGAGGCUGCCCCCAACGACACUCUUCCUUUGAUGCUUGAUAUCUUUGGGUUCAAGCAGACACCCCUUUUCAUGGCGGCCGCCUAUGAAUACUGCAGGGGGACCGUUGGGGAUGUCUUCGAAGAAGAGCUGCGGGCCAAGAAGCCCAAGGAGCGCCUAGCUCAUAUGGUGCAGCUCCUGCAAUGGAUGUCGCUCGGCUCCGACUUCCUGUUUGACUUAGCCGAUGACAGCUUUUCCAAGGGAUAUUACCUUGGUGUGAAAGGCUUGAAGGUGAUCCUUCCUCAGGUCGGUUGUCCAUCCUUCGGUCUGGAGGACUAUUCAGAGGAAAAGAAGCUCCAGAGGGUCUGCGCGCAGGUUGAUCGGGAUCUGAAGAGAGCCGAAGCCGAGAAGAGGGGCAACGUUCCUGACCCCCCGACCCCUGACGUGAGCUCUGAUGAAGAGGACGUAGAACCAGAAGCCGCCGAACGUUGUUCCCCUGCCCAUGGCUUCCUCUGAUGUAUUUCAUUUUUCAUCUUUUCUGAUUGAUGUAUAUUUCCGGUCAAUAGAGCCGAUGAAUAAAAUCUUUGUUUUAC